AUGGAGGAUUCGGGAGAGAAGUGGCCUUCUGAUUUGGAAAAGUGUGAUGACAUCAUUUUGGAAGAUGGAGAAUCUGAAUCUGUGUGUGAUGAGAAAUUGUUGGCACUUUCAGCAGCCAUAGGCUUGAAGAAGACAAAACUAGACAAAGCUUUGGUCCUAGAGAAGGCUAAACACUACGUGAAACAACUUCAAGAACAUAUAAAAGAGUUAGAACAAGAUGUUGGAUCCAAGAAUAUUUGUAACAACAAUUGUGGAACAAGUAACAAUAUUCUUCCCGAUGUGAAAGCCAAAGUGUUACAAAAGGAAAUUCUCCUCACAAUCCAUUGUGAAAAACAAACGACUGUUAUGCUCAAAAUACUUACUCACCUUGAAAGCCUUAAUCUUUUAGUAGUCACUAGUAAUGUCUUGGAAUUUGGAAAAUACGCCCUUGACAUCACCAUCGUGGCUCAGAUGGGUGAUGGAGACAACAUUCGAAUGGAUGAACUAGUGAAAAGCCUCAGAACAGUGAUUAUGACAAAGUAG